AUGGAGAGGGAGGCAAGCCAACCUGAGAGGGACCACGUUCAUAGCGUGUAUGAGAAAAUUGCUCCUUACUUCAAUGAUGCACACUACAAGGCAUGGCUGAAGGUGCAGCAGUUCAUUUCAGAGCAGGAACCAGGCAACCUGACUGCUGAUAUUGGCUGUGGAAAUGGCAAAUAUCUUCACAUCAAUUCUCAAGUCUAUAAACUGGGAUGUGAUUACUGUUUCCCGUUGGUGGAAUCAGCACGAAAUGAAGGCCAUGAAGAAAUGGUAUGCCAUAGCCUGUAUCUGCCUUAUCGAAGUGAGUGCUUUGAUGCUGUCCUGUCCAUUGUUGUGAUUCACCAUUUUUCAACGGAAGAGAGGUGCAUGCGAGCAAUAAAAGAGAUGGCUCACAUCUUGAGAGUAGGAGGCCAGAUAAUGAUAUAUGUGUGGGCAAUGGAGCAAAAAUGAAGAUUUUAAAAGCAAGACAUUUUUGUGCCUUGGAAUCCUUCACCUCCUUCCUGCUCCUCGGAUACUAUUCAUGGUUGCAGCGGAGUCUGUUUACCUGACCUGAUUUCACGUCAGAAAGAAUUAGCUGUUAGACAGCAACUUAAAAUAGACCAUCACCCAAAACAAGGAGCUUUCUGCCAACCUCAGAACAAAAGGGGAACAGGCUCUCCUCUGCAGAAAGCGGUCAAUGAGUGUGCCCUGACCACACAGAGAAGACAGCAGACAGGUCGUGGUGGGGCAUGGUUGAGGUACUACCACGUUUUUAAAAAAGGGGAGUUGGCUGAGCUGAUAGAGCGUCACAUUCCUGAGCUAUAUAUUAUUCACUCAUACUUUGACCAUGCCAAUUGGUUCGUGAUCAUGGAGAAGGCUGAAGUGUGGAAGAUAUAG